CGAAGCUAGCACCCACCGCAGCCCACAACAGCGUGCUUUUCUGACUUCCGACUGCCUACCAGUUUAUUCAAGUUUUUUCACCUCUCACCACGAUGCUCUACUACUGCGCCUGCGAUCUUAAGAGAGGCAGUUUGUACCUCACGUUUAUCGGACACUCGCUAUCACGGACAUCCUCGAUGGUAUCUUCAAUAGGUCCUUCCUGGUGCAUGCGGUUCUAUGCGUACGGAUCUGAACAGAUCAGAAACGAUGACGAGUAAAGGUGUCAGGCGACUCACCCACACUCAUCGUCGUCUUUCAGCUCUCCUACUGGCAACUGCAUCUUCCCUGAUCUUCCUCUCGUCAACUAAUGCUCAACCCCAAUUCCCCUUGCCAUCCUCGUUCGUAAACCCGCUCAUCGGCAGUACUGGUCCCGAACCCAACUUGUCAGGAGGAACAAUCCCAUCGGUAUCACCCCCUUUUGGUUCUUGCAGAUGGGUAGUCCAAAACCAACAAAACUGGGUCUCUCAAACUCCCUUCAACUACAGUGACAACUAUCAAGUCCAUGGAUUCAUUGGAACACGCCAACCAGCCAUUUGGAUGGGCGAAAGUGCGUGGGUUGGUGUUGUCCCCGGGAGUGGCGAUAAAAUCAAAACAGGUUGGGACGAGAGAGGGAUGAACAGGGUUAAUGGGAGUGAAGAGUUUGGCGUUGGGUUUUACGGCGUUGAACUUGAGCAAGAAAAAGGGAAAGUCAAAGUUGAAAUGAGCGCAACGUCUCGAGUGGGCCACUUUCGUUUCACGUUCACGGGUACAGAACAACCGUACAUAUUCGUCCCUGUCACUCGUCGAUCAGCGCUGUUCCACGACGGAGAUAUUUUCGACCACUCCUACUUCCCGACUGGCACGGUUGAGCUCACGGAGCCUGGGAAGGGAGGCGGUUCGCUCCAAGUAUGUGGAUCUAACGAUGAAAUGCAAGACCAAGUUCUCGUUCCUACAUCCAUAGCUGAGAAUGCAAGCAAUUUCAAAGGCUUUUUCUGUGCUCAGUUCUCCGUUCACUCCUCGUAUGGUAUCACGUUAGGAAAUACCACAAAAGAACGUGUGGUUUCGGGAAGCGGGCGUGAACUUGGUGCCUUUAUUAGGUUCAACGCUGCUUCCAAAGCCAGCACGGUGGUCGACGUUCGGAUUGGCACAUCUCUGAUUUCGACCGAUCAGGCUCGAAAGAACAUCGAUAACGAAAUCCCGGAGAGCGAUAAAGUCGAAGCAACUCGCAAGAAGACGGAGGCAAAGUGGGCAGAAAAACUCGGGAGAUUCGAGAUCGACACGGACGAUGAAGAAGGCAAGACUGUCUUCCUGACGGGCAUUGUUAGAGCUAUGCAGUUUCCCUACGAAGUCCAUGACCCCUCUCCAACAGGAGCGAGCCAAUAUUAUUCGGGCUACGAUAAUGCAGUCCAUGAAGGAGAUUCUUAUAGUGGGUAUUCGAUCUGGGACACUUACCGUGCAGCAUGGCCUCUUCAGCUCCUCUUUGCUCCUGAACGAAUCCCCGGAUUGAUACGUAGCAUGUUGCACGACUAUCAAGAAGGCGGAUGGUUACCUAUGUGGAAGAACAUUGUCGAAACCAAAACCAUGGUGUCCACGCACGCCGAUUCUCUCUUAUCCGAAGGCAUUCGAAAAGGAUUUAUGUCCGCUUUUACAGACGAAGACCUGAAGAUAAUGUGGCAAGCUGUGUGGAAGGAUGCGUCUGUCCCACCUGCCAAUGAUGGAAGUACGGUCUACAGUGAUCGUCAGGAGGGUGUAGACUUUGAGGUUCGAGCGGGUUUGACGACCUACUUGAAUGAAUCCAUGGGUUGGGUAGCGGACGAUGUCCAUUCAGAGAGCGUCAGUAGGACGUUGGAUUAUGCGUACGAUGAUCACGUCCUCUCAAUCCUCUCUUCUCUUCUCCCCGUUCAGAUCACCUCCAUCGUUAACAAUACAAACGUGACAGAAUUCCUAAAUGCCCGUGCCCGUAGGAACAUCUGGACUGUCUGGAAUGAUAACGCCACUGCGAAGGGUGAAGGGAAUGGCAAAGGAUAUGUCCAAGCCCGAUUCCUCAACGGCUCCUUCAAUUCAGACAUUACCUCAGGGUUUACCGAAGGCACUCGGGAGGUGUAUUCGUUCUCUCAAGGGUUCGUGUGGGGCGAUUUGAUACAUGAUUUGAUAGAGAGGAGGGGUGGCGUAAGUCGCUUUGUUGAUAGUUUGGAUGAAUUUUUUGAUGGUGGAGAGGUCGAUUUCACGAAUGAGCCAUCCCACCAUACCCCAUAUCUUUACGCUCUAGCGUCACCGGACCAUGCAAGGUCGACACAGAAACGUGUACGAGAGCUCGCCAAGGCCAAUUUCAAUAAUGCGCCAGAGGGAUUAAGCGGGGUGUGUUUCUUCGCGGCGUCCCUUUUUGGUGCUGACUAUUUACUAUUCUUUUUUCUCAGAAUGAGGACUGCGGUCAAACGAGCUCCUGGUACAUAUUCUCCGCAAUGGGUUUCUACCCUGUUGAUCCAGCGAGCGGGGAGUACGUUUUCGGUUCGCCCUUCUUCUCAAGGAUGACUCUGCAUAUUCCGAAAUCUUUGAUUCAUGGAGAUCAAGACCCGCACGGAACGUAUAAUUCGACGACGGACAGUUAUGUACUUCAAAUCCUGGCGGAAGGGGCAGAGAAUAAGUGGUUUGUCGAUGAUGUAAGAGUGAAUGGGGUUUCUAAGAGGGAUACGUGGAGGGUUAAACAUGAAGAUAUUGUUUGGGGUGGAGUUAUUGAGUUUGAUAUGACUGAUUAAGAAGGACGUGUAUGACAACCGAUCUCGAGAAUGUACAGUAUCUGACCAAAUGUGACCGCGUAAUUAUGUA